AAAAGUCAUCAUGGCGGCUCCGCCGCCUCGCGUUCUGCGACGCAAACAAGAAAAAACAAGGCGUAUUCUGUGUCGAGCCGGUCCGGUGUCGGCGUACGCCAUCUCGAGGAGACGCAUCCUGUGCGCGUACCGCGUUGCCACGGCACUUCGAGAAGCUCCGCUACGCUACGAGGAUCAACGUUACACGCUCGUCACGCCACUGAGCCAGCUCGUGUAGUGCCUACUGCUUGCGGCGCCUGGAAGCACGUGGCAUCGACUGUGAGUCCUCGGCUCGCGUUGUGCGUGAACGUGCAUUUCUUCGUCGUCUUCUCGAAAAAGAAACAGUCGGCCACUGCAUUUACCACCAAGCCGGUGUCCAGUGGCUUGGGUUACCCACCCUAGCCAUGGAGCCGGCGGCACCUGCAGCCGCAGCAGCUCCCGCUGCUGCUUCUGCUUCUAGUGGUGUGGGCAGCGGCGGAGUAUCCUCGACCGACUCCAUUCGAACUUUGGACUCCGUGUCUGAGCUCUUCCGGCUGCUGGAGCAGUGGGAGUCCCAGAAUGGCACUGGGGCUGACCCCAUUCCCGUGCUGACGAGCAUCGCGGAGCUCGUCGAGAAGGAGACUGAAGCGUACCUCAAGAUGGACCCAGACCCUUUUGACGAUCGACAUCCUAGCCGCGCCCACCCCGACUGCACCCUAGGCCAUCUACUCAAGGCACUCUUCAAGAAUGAUGAAUUCAUGAACAGGUUGGUCAACCAUUACGUGCUGAGCCGCGAGGGCGGCAACCUGAGCACCAUAGCCUGCCGUCUCCUCCUGGACAUUCUGCCGGGACUGGAAACGUCCGUUGUCUUUCAGGACACGGAAGGACUGGUGAGCAGACUUCUCCAAUGGGCUGAGUCGGAGAGCACGCCUCCGCUACUGCACGCGUAUGCCACUGGUCUGCUGGCGGCAGCCAUGGAGGUGCAGGACAUUGCGGCCAACUACCGGGAGGCCAACGCCCGCCUGGUGCCCGCCAUGCUGCGACGACUCUGGGAGCUCGCACAGGUGACUCCCGAAGAGAUCAUGUGCCGACCGCCAGAGCGACCUUUCAGCCACCUCAACGGCGCGGCCACAGACGGGCCCCUGUCCACGCCUCAGCAGGCCUCGACGUUGCAGCAGCAGGGGUCGUCUCACAAGAGCCCCUCGGAGACGCCUCUCAUCAGCGAGUGUUCCAACAGCAGCUGGGCCGAACUGGAACCGCUCAUGAUCGGCUCGAACCAGGUGUUUCCCCUGACGGUGGAGAUGCAGCAGCGGCUGAUCCUUCAGUACCUGACACCACUGGGCGAGUACCAGGAGCUGCUGGGUGCCGUGCUGGAGGCCAAGACCCUGCACCUGCUGCUCCACUACGCAAACCUCAAGGAGAAUCGAGACGUCCGGCUAGCCUUCGAAGCACUCAAGUACUUGGCAGCCUUGCUGUGCCACAAGAAGUUUGCCCUGGAGUUCAUCGCCGUGGGUGGUCUGCAGCGUCUGCUGGAGGUUCACCGGCCGUCAGUGGCCGCCACGGGCGUUUCCAUCUGUCUCUACUAUUUGGCCUACUCCGAGGAUGCCAUGGAGAGGGUUUGCAUGCUACCUCAAUCCGUCCUGGCUGACCUAGUUGCGUACGCCUUGUGGCUGCUGGAGCGCUCUCACGACUCCAGCCGUUGCCAUGCAACCAUGUUUUUUGGCCUGGCAUUCCCCUUUCGCUCGCUGCUGGAGCUCUUUGACCAGCAGGACGGGCUACGCAAGCUCCUCAACGUGAUGAGCACGCUGGACGUUUUCGUACGCGGUAGCAACAGCGACUCGGCGACCCCGUCGGAUGACCAGGUGUUUGCCAGCCGUCAGACAGCGCGGCACGUAUGCGUGGCCCUCAAGCGUUACUUCGAAGCACACCUGGCGCACAAGGCGGACCACCUGCGGAGGUCGCACACUCGCAACGCCACUGCCACCAGCAGCGGCACCAGCAUCACCAGUGCGACCUCGGCGUCCUCCCCUCCUCCAUCCCACAGCACCAUCAUGUCGUCAACACCAGUGUCUGCGGUGGUGUCGACGGUGGUCGGCCACCGGUGUCGGGCGGCACGCUUCACGAGUGAGGCAGUGUCGGAGAACAUGUGGACGCUGCUGGAGCUCCUUCCCGCCCGCGCGCGCUGGUUGCCCGUUGAAGAACUGGUGCGGCUGGGCGGGGUGUCGCUGCUGUUGCAGACCGUAGCGCUCUCGUACGACUGGAACCACUCGGGCAAGGCGGACACCGUGCGUGCCGCCCUGGACGUUCUCGCAGUCUGCUCGGUGGUUCCGCGAGCGCAGAUCGCCCUGUGCCAAAACGUGGCCCUGCCCUCGGGCCAGGUCCGCUCGGCUGCUGGCAUGAGCGUCAUUCUGGCUGCCGCCGAUGGCGAGAUAGUCGCUGAUCCCGACGUCCAAAGGUCGGCCCUCAACGUUGUGAUCAAUUGCGUCUGUGGACCUAUGUCAAGGUUGGGAGGCGGCAUUGGCCGAGUUGUGUCGGGCAGCGUGCGAAAGCGAGCAGCGAUAAAAAGCGGUGAGGACCUGCUGAGCAAGAUGUGGAACUGCGUCCGGGCCAACAACGGCAUCAUGGUGUUGCUGAAUCUCCUGACUGUGAAGAGCCCCAUCACUGAUGCGGAUUCGAUGCGUGCCCUUGCUUGCAAAGCACUGUGUGGCUUGGCACGCUGCAGCACAGUAAAGCAGAUCAUCAGUAAACUCCCUCUUUUCACCAGCGGCCAGCUGCAAGUGCUCAUGCGAGAGCCUGUUCUUCAGGACAAGAGGCAGGAACAUGCUAAGUUCUGCACCUCCUGCAUUGAACUGGUGGAGAGGGUCACGGGGGCACCCCUGAGCCCUGGCAUGGAAUCCUCGCUUGCCAAGAUCAACAAGUCGGAAGUGGUGGCGCAGACUAAGAUCAGCUACCGCGAAAAAGACCUCCUGCAGCUAAUCUACCAGCACCUCCAGGCCAAAGGUUUGACGGACACUGCGGCCUUGUUGCAAAAGGAGGCGGGACUGCCCGCGCGACCCCUGUGUGGAAGCUCUGCGCAACCCCAGUGGUCGUCCAACACCGUCUGCACUCCACGAACUCUCCGGCCAUUGCGGUCAGGGUCAAUUGGUUCAGCGUCCCUGACACCCGUUUCUUCUGCAGAGAAGAUUCCAUCGGUGCCCUGCCUGAACAGGAACGGUGCCGUAACACCCAUUCGCACGGACUCUGUCGCACGGCAGCUGCAGAACCAUGCAGCACCACCAGCCAGCUCACCGUCCAUGCCGGCGCUGCAGAAGCGCAGCGGCACAUACCAGGCAUCGCCCGUGCUCAAGCGGCUGUCGUACACCUCGACAAGCUCCGCCAUGCCCACCUCACACCCGCCGCACUCGCUGUCGCUGGACACUAUUGUCAAGGAGUACCUUCGCAACCAGCAUGCACUAUGCAAGAACCCUGUGGUGGCCUGCCCACCCUUCGAACUGUUUGUGCCACACCGGUGUCCAGAGCCUCAGUACCGGAAUGCUGCGCCCGUGAGCAUGGCGGCCAGGCUGCAGCGCUGCCAGGUGUUUCCCCCGGCCGGUGGACUGGACGGUGCGAAGCUUCAUCGAAAGUUCAUCUACAGCCGGUUUCGUUCGGUGCGGACUUUCCGAGACCCUGACGGCACAAGCAGCUACUCUUGCUGUGCAUUCUCAGCUGGCUCUCAGUAUCUCUUCCUCGGCACCUUGGUCGGAGAACUUCACGUCUACAAUCUCUACACGGGGCUGGAAGAAGCAACUUACUCGUGCCACGAGUCUGAACUUACGCACUGCCAACCGUCCAAGGAUGGGAAGUUCUUGCUCACGUCGUCAGCGUGGCGGAGGCCACUUUCGUCGUUGUGGAGCUUCACAGAUGUCUUUGACCAGAAUGAUGACAGACUGACGCGUCGCAUUCCAAACCUGUUUCAACGCAGGCUUACAUUUGACGACGAUUACUAUGUUGAGUUCGGCAAACAGUCGCUGGACCGAGUGCUGGGAACGCGGCACGAGACGGCUCACAUCUAUGACGCGACCACGGGGGCCCUGCUCUCGUCGCUGCGCGACCCUGACCUGUCGAAUCACUACACUCGCAACCGGGCCACCUUCAACCCGACCGACGAGCUUGUGCUCUCGGACGGCGUUCUCUGGGACGUGCGCGCAGUGUCGCCCCUGCACAAGUUUGACAAGUUCAACCCGCACGUCAACGGUGUCUUCCAUCCCAACGGGCUCGAGGUGAUCUCAAACUCCGAGGUGUGGGAUUUGAGGACUUUCCGGCUUUUGCACACGGUCCCAGCACUGGACCAGUGUCAGGUGACCUUCAACGGUGCGGGAGAUGUCUUGUACGGCGCUGUGCUCACUGAGGAUGAUGAUGACUCGGCGCGGCUCCUCAGCUCUUCAUUCCGAACCUUUCAUGCGUCGGACUACUCCUCUAUCGCAACGAUCGACAUCAAGCGCAACAUCUAUGACCUCAAGCCCGAUGAGUCCGACUAUUUCCUAGCUGUUGUGGAGAACCAGGGCACCAGGGAUGCCACAAUGGGCAACUCGGAGAGCAUCUGCCGACUCUACGAGGUCGGUCGACAGCGAGAGGAGGACGAUGAUGAGGAUGCAGAUGACGACGAGUCCGACAACUUGGCCGAAGAGGACACCGACGAGGAUGAUGACGACGACUCCGGCGACGAUGAUGAUGCAGAAGACAUGGACGCCGACGAGCACGAUAACGAUGAUGACGACGAUGGGGAUGAUGUGGCGUUCAGUCUCUCAGACGUGAGCGACGAUGGAUCCGAUGACUCGGACGAUUCGGACGAAGACCAGCGGACAAGGUGAUCAAGCAGCGAAGGUGGCUUGCCAUGGAAGGGUGGAGCGAUGGCGGCAUGGCGGCAAAUAAAUUUCACUAUUGCCUGCACAUCGUUUUUAUGUCGGGCGUCGAAUGAACUGAAGGAAAACUGCGUGCUUGUGUUCCUUGCGCAUGAAACUCGAGUUCACGGCGUGCCUCGUCACUUCUCUCGGAACACACGGAAGUUCUUGUUCUUGAAAGUGAUUAAAACCUCUUUUUUACUCAAGU